CCUUUCGACAAGCAUCGAAAAGCGAAUUCGACACCGAUUACCACAAUCAUGGCUGACGAAUACGACGCUGAGGCUGCGGCCGAAAUCAAGAAGAAGAGAGCCUUCCGAAAGUUCUCCUACCGUGGCAUCGACCUCGACCAACUCCUGGACCUCUCAUCCGACCAACUUCGCGAUGUCGUCCACGCCCGCGCUCGCCGUAGGUUCAACCGCGGUCUCAAGCGCCGCCCUAUGGGUUUGAUCAAGAAGCUCCGCAAGUCCAAGCAGGAGGCCAAGCCCAACGAGAAGCCAGAUCUUGUCAAGACACACUUGCGAAACAUGAUCGUGGUUCCUGAGAUGAUUGGUAGCGUCAUUGGUAUCUACUCUGGCAAGGAAUUCAACCAGGUCGAAAUCAAGCCCGAGAUGGUUGGACACUACCUUGGAGAAUUCUCGAUCUCUUACCGACCAGUCAAGCACGGAAGACCCGGUAUCGGUGCUACCCACUCUUCGCGUUUCAUUCCUCUCAAGUAAAUGCUUGUGUACGUUGGGUUUUCGACGGCUGGCAUGGG